AUGACCAUGCCAGCUGUGGGCCUGGGAUGCUGGAAGGCAGAGAAGGGCGUCACAGAGGAGGUCGUCUACAAUGCCAUUAAGGUAGGCUACCGCCACAUUGACAGUGCUGCUGACUAUGGCAACGAGACGGAGGUGGGCGCCGGCAUCCGGCGAGCCAUCGCUGACGAGCUCUGCACCCGAAGUGACCUCUGGGUCACCUCGAAGCUUUGGAACACCUACCACCACCGAGAGCAUGUGCCAAUGGCAUGCCAGCGCACGCUCGAUGAUUUGGGGCUGGAUUACCUGGACUUGUACCUGAUCCACUUCCCCAUCUCGCUGGCCUUCGUUCCCUUCGAGGAGCGCUACCCCCCCGAGUGGACGGACAAACGUGGCAAUGCUGGGCACCUGGUUCUGGAUCCAGUGCCCUACCGGGAGACCUGGGAGGCCAUGGAGGCGCUUCAGGACUUGGGGAAAGCCAAGCACAUCGGGGUCAGCAACCUAACAGUGCAGAGCCUCAUGGAUGUGCUCUCCUACUGUAGGGUGAAGCCAGCUGUCAACCAGAUUGAGAGCCACGUCUACUUGCAGCAGCCAGACCUAGUCCAAUUCUGCAUCCAGCAGGGCAUUGGGGUCACCUGCUUCUCACCCUUCGGCGCGAAGAGUUACGUGUCCAUCGGCCUGGCGGCGCCGGAGGAGGACUGCUUUCACGAGGUCCUGCUGCAAGGUCUGGCCGCGAAGCACCAGAAGUCUGUGGGUCAGAUCAUUCUCAGGUUCCUGGUGCAGCGCGGUUGCUCGGUGGUGCCUAAGAGCCAGAGUGUGGAGAGACUAAAGGAGAAUCUGGAUGUCUUCGGCUUUGAGCUCUCUGCUGAGGAGAUGCAACAAGUGCGGAAGUUGGAGCGUGGGCGACGCUUCAAUGACCCCGGGGUCUUCGCGCGUGGCUGGGGUGCUCCUGGAUCGGUGGUGGCAGCCGUUGGGUGCCCCAUCUAUGCCUAG